AUGCUCUGUUGCCGCUGGGGGCCUGAUCAGAGAUCACUUAGGACACUGCAUUGCAGCGUUCGCUUGUAA